GGAGACGUCCGUGAAGGCAUCCGCUGCAGGAUCCUAAAAACGUCAAUGUAACAAUCGCGGCUUAAGGCAAUGGCUGCUCAAUGACUGGACAUAAUGCCUGGCAACAUCAGACUKAUCAACAAGUAACCAGUAAAUGAAAAGUCUCACUAACAUCACCAACUUUAUUAUUUAUCUGAUGAACUGGAAAGUUUUAAAGCCAUAUUUUCCACUGGUUAGCCCUACCAACCAGCAAAGAAUACUGCUUUGAGUAGCUGAAUCAAAAUUUGAGCACUCCAAUAAUUAUUAAGGUAUCUUUAUUCUAAUAAUGUUUGCUUUUCAACUGGCAAUUAAUCUAACCCUUUACUGUGCUUUKGUCUUCAGCAACCAACAAAAAUUAACAUGGGCAAACAUCAAUUUAUGAACGUGAUGCAUAGCCCUACCAACCCUGUCAAUUAUGUUUGUAACAUAUUUUCAAGUAAUGCUAUGGUGACUUGCUACGAAGAUCCAUAGGAGUAAUUAUGUCGUCACUGAAGCCUUUUUAGAUUGGGAUUGGGCCAGCAGUCUCGAUGUUCAGCGGGCGUAGUAACCAAGGAGCGUGCUUGACAACAAUGCAAACCUGGUAUUCAUUCUUGUAUUUGUGGUUGCUUCACUGUGGAAAAUCAUUGAUUAAAGUCAAAAUCUACAAUCAUGCUUUUGUGAAGAAAUCAGAGGAUCGAGAUGGCUAAAGGAAGACGAUUUGUACCGUCAAGAGAAAAAGAUGGCAUCUGGUUCCAAACGCGUGGAUGGCCCAAAAGGUUUGAUGACGCUAAACCAAGAGAGUCCAGAAUUUCUUCUCCUCCAACAGUGUUUAGACAAAAAGAAGAGUCUCCAUACAAAACAUUCUCGUUUUCACAACAUGACAACAGACAUGACCUUCAAGACCAUGGAGUUUACUUUGGAAAUGGACUAGGAAAAAGGAAGCUGUCCCAGAGAUCCCAGCAUUAUUCUAAUAAUAUGAUAACGUGGUGCAUGGAUAGUGAUCUUAAAUCACAGUACAUGAUGUCAUACAGAGGUACAACAGCGGAUGCUGCAACUCUGAGAAGAUACCCACAAAACCACCCUGAAGCAAAGCCUGGUACUGCUCCGCUGUCCACCACUUCAACAAAAUGGUUCAAUCCUGUUAAAGGACAAUAUAGGACACCUUUACAUGUUUUGGCCUCUACUCAGGAGCCUUUACUUCCUCCAAACAGAUGGGUUUAUUCUUAUCGACCAAAGGGGCAGAUCUGGUCAUAACAUGGUCCAAAGCACCUCACUAACUUGUAAGAUAUUUCAUAGGUUGGUAAAUACUUUAAUGACUUGUUUUAAACUUUAUUUUAUUAUCAUAUUUUUUGAUUUAGAUUAAUUUUUAACUUAUUUACACUCUUGAAAGAGUCAGCAUGUCAUGAAGAAUAGGACCAAUCUGCUAGCUAGAUAUUUCUAAUACUUUUGAUAAUUUUAUUAUAUAUUUAUACAUUUCUUGAAUUUGAGAAGCAAAAACACACAGCUUCUUUAGAUACUGUUAAAUAAUUCCAAUAAAUAAUUUACAUUAAAUGAGUCAUCUGUAAAUUUAAUAGUAAGAGCUGAAAAUAGUAAGAAAAGGGUGUCCAAAAUUUUUGUCAGUACAAACAAUCUGAGUGACACUCAUAGAAAAUUUAGAUCUGUGGAAAAACACUUCCGAAUUGUUGACAUGGCAACUAGCCAAUGUACCUGAUUUGUUUUGAAAACACACAGGUGUGAAAGGGCAUGGUGUUCUAGACAUUGUAGUUGAAAACUGUCAUCGAUACACCUGUAGUUAAGGCUGAAAUCAGUUGUAAGCAAGCAAUGUUAACCUAAAGAAAAUGUUUCAAAAAAAAUACAUUUCUCUGUGUGUACAUACUUUUCAAUGCAUUGUAUGAUAGUACCUUAUGUAACUUUUGUGAUAAAUAAACUAAUUUUUGAGUUUUGA